AUGGCAGAGGAUGAUGAAUUGGUUCUUCUGGACCUGUGGAGCAGCCCAUUUGCCAUGAGAGUGAGAAUAGCUCUAAGAGAGAAAGGCCUCGAGUUCGAGUCCCAAGAACAGGACUUGAGCAACAAAAGCCCAUUACUCCUCAAAUCGAACCCCGUCCACAAGCAAAUACCCGUCCUCAUCCACAACGGCAAGCCCGUGUCCGAGUCCAUGAUAAUCGUUCAGUACAUCGAUGAUGUCUGGAGAGACAGAGCUCCUCUGCUGCCUUCCGACCCUUACGGGCGGGCCCACGCGAGGUUUUGGGCCGACUACAUCGAUAAGAAGAUAUAUAGCAGUGGAAGAUUGGUGUGGGGCGCUACAGGGGAAAUGCAGGAAGUGGGAAAGAAAGAGUUGAUCGAGAGCUUCAAAUUGCUAGAGUUGGAGCUUGGUGAUAAACCUUACUUUGGUGGCGAAAAGUUGGGGCUUGUGGAUGUGGGCCUCGUACCGUUUUAUAGCUGGUUUUACGCGCUCGAGACCUGCGGGCAGUUCAGUUUGAUUCACGAGUGUCCGCGGCUUGUUUCGUGGGCUAAGAGAUGCCUGCAGAGGGAGAGCGUGUCCAAGUCUCUGCCUGAUCAGUACAAGAUAUUUGAUUUUCUAAUGGACCUCAAAAAGAAGUUUGAAGCUCAGGGGAAAAUCUGA